GGCUACAAUGCUUUGGUCACCGUCUCCAGCUAGCUAUUGAGAACGCUUUGAAAGCUCUCACACCAGCAUCUACAAAGCAGGCUGUGGAACGUGCAGUUGGGGUCUGUAAAAAGGUUGUGAGUGCAUUCUCCAACUCGUGGAAGAGAAAACGUGACUUGGCCAAGGCUCAAGCAGUGCUGGGCUUGCCUCCCCAUCAGCUCAUCACUGAAACCCCCACAAGAUGGGGUUCACGGCAGCAGAUGAUCCAGAGGUUCCUGGAGCAGGAGAAAGCUCUGUCACAGGUCCUUCUUGCAGACAAGAAGGUGAGACAUGGAAACUGGACUUUGCACACUGAUUCCUUGGAUUCUGAUUAUGUUUGCAGUCUAGAUUUACCUCCUGAUGAAAGUAACCCAUUUCCUUUGUUAUCUGACUUAGGCAAGAAAUCUGGUGCCAAGCUGGCAAGAUAUGAUGGUACUAGAGUCCAUGAACAAGGCACUGGGUCCACUGUUCGAGUUUAUUGAUGCUUUAUCGGGGGAGAAGUACGUCACCGUAUCUUUUCUGAAACCAGUACUGCACCUCUUCAACAACGAAAUACUAAGCCAAAAAGAUGGGGACACAGAGCUCUCAAAAGCAAUCAAAGAGGGUAUUCUUAAGUACCUCAAUGAAAAGUAUGAUGACUGUACCACCAACAACCUUCUAGACAUGGCGACAUUUGUUGACCCACGGUUUAAGACAGCCUAUAUGAAGGAGGAGAGGGUGGAGUUUAUAAAGAUGAGAGCUGCAGCAGAGCUGGUGGACAUGGCAACGCUGGCACCUGAAAAUGCAGAGACAGCCACCUUCAUUUCACCACCAGCUGCUGAAGAUAAUCCAGACCUUCCUUAUCCAACAAAGAAGACAAAGAAGAGUUUGGGAAGCUACUUCAAAAAGGCACCAGCUGCAGGCCAAGGCACCAGCCGCUCUCAGUCAAGCAGAGCAUCCAUUGAACUGGAGCUCUCCAUGUAUCUUCAGACACCUGGGCCUGAUUCAGAGGCUGACCCUCUGGUAUGGUGGAAACAACACGAGUUAAACUUCCCAUUAGUGGCCAGGCUUGCUAAGAAGUACUUGUGCAUUCCUGCUACUAGUUCUUCAUCUGAACGGGCCUUCAGUGUGAGUGGAAACAUUGUCACAUGUAAGAGGUCAUGUCUUAAGCCAAAUACAGUUGACCAACUUGUCUUCCUCGCACUCAACCUAUAGAUUUGACAGAAACAACAU